UAAUGGAUGCAUUACAUGGGGAUACGGGAAAAGGAUUGCAGUCUUUGUACCCCACUGAACUCUGUGGUGAGAAAGAGGCACAGACUUCCACCCCAAAGGAGCUUCAAGCUGGUUUCAAACACUCCUCUUCAGAGUCCAGCAGAAACAGCACUGCACCAACUUAAACCAGCCAUGAAGAUCCUUUUUCUUCUCUCUGCCAUCCUCGUAUUCCUCUUUCAAAUGGUUCCAGGAAAUGCUUACCCUUCAUCAGAUACCAUGGAGUGCAGAAUGAACAGAGGUUUCUGUAAAUAUCUGUCAUGCCCGGGUAUUUCUCAGCCUACUGGAGGGACAUGCCGGAAUGGAGACUUGAUCUGCUGUAAAAACCCUUGGGCAGACAGUCGCAGACAUUGAACCAGUCAUAACAGACCACAUAAGACCUCUGGCAUAGUGGAGAAAGCCUAUUUCUGAUACUGAUGCUACCAUCUUCCAAGUGGUGAAUGAAGAACUGAUCAUUUGGACUGUGCUGGAGAAAAUCUGGAUACCACUCAUCUAAUAAAAUAAAAGUGAUGUAAAAGUA